AUGUCAUUUCAGGACUGGAAGCGUAUUUUUGAGGAGAAGACUGAAGAGCUUCAUGGUGACAGCUGGAGUAUUGAGUUUGAUGACUCCAUUGAGCCAGAGAACCCAGCUCAUAACUGGUAUCAGUACAUCCGGGGAGCUUUUGCAAGGUUCACCUGCUCCAAGUGUAAGAGGACUUGGCCCUCCAAAAGGGUGCUGGUUGUGUUUGAUUUUCAGCUGCAGGAAAGGACAAAGACGGGAACAGUCAAAGCGCGUCGGUUCCGACAGAACUGCAAAAGGUGCCAGGAAGCCAAGAUGGAGGAGCCCCAGUUCGAGCUAGAGAACAUUGAGGUGCUGCUGGACAAGCUGGUUGAGAGAAUCCGCAUGAGGUGUUACAGGGAAAACCUGGGCCAGAACAACAGGGGGUUUCGACCUGUUGGGAUAUCCGAGGGACCACACGAGUCUUCUCACUGUGAGGCCUGCCAAAAAGGCAUCUGCCGAAAAUCUGAAUAAAACGGCUUUACUGUAGGGCGCU